UCGAGCUCUGUCUCCACCCCGAAGUGGGGCGGAUCCGCCCGGGAUAAGACGCUGGGCCCGACCCUGGCAGGGUGUGACCUCCGCAGCCGCCGAGGAAGAGAGCAGCCCAGUCUCGUCUCCUCGUCUCGCGCGGGAGGAACUCCUGCUGAGCGAUUGAACUCUGAUCUUGACAUAGAAACAUGGCCAUGGCUACCAAAGGAGGAACCAUCAAAGCUGCUGCAGGAUUCAGUGCCACCGAGGAUGCCCAGACUCUGCGGAAGGCCAUGAAAGGACUUGGUACUGAUGAAGAUGCCAUCAUCAAUGUCCUGGCCUAUCGCAACACCGCCCAGCGCCAGGAAAUCAGGACGGCCUACAAGACCACCAUCGGCAGGGAGCUGUUAGAUGACUUGAAAUCUGAACUGAGUGGCAACUUUGAGCAGGUGGUCAUAGGGAUGAUGACACCCACCGUGCUGUAUGAUGUGCAGGAGCUGCGAAGGGCCAUGAAGGGAGCCGGCACAGAUGAGGGCUGCCUGAUUGAGAUCCUGGCCUCCCGGACCCCUGAGGAGAUCCGGCACAUCAAACAGAUCUACCAGCAGAAAUAUGGACGGAGCCUUGAAGAUGACAUUUGCUCUGACACUUCGUUCAUGUUCCAGAGAGUGCUGGUGUCUCUGUCAGCUGGUGGCAGGGAUCCAGGGAAUUACCUGGACGAUGGGCUCAUGAGACAGGAUGCACAGGACUUGUAUGAGGCUGGAGAGAAGAAAUGGGGAACCGAUGAAGUGAAAUUUCUAACUGUCCUCUGUUCCCGGAAUCGAAAUCACCUGUUGCAUGUGUUUGAUGAAUACAAAAGGAUAUCACAGAAGGAUAUUGAACAGAGUAUCAAAUCUGAAACAUCUGGUAGCUUUGAAGAUGCUCUGCUAGCUAUAGUAAAAUGCAUGAGGAACAAAUCCGCAUAUUUUGCUGAAAGGCUUUAUAAAUCUAUGAAGGGAUUGGGCACCGAUGACAACACCCUUAUCAGAGUGAUGGUUUCCCGAGCAGAGAUUGACAUGGUGGACAUCCGGGAAAACUUCAAGAGGCUCUAUGGAAAGUCUCUGUACUCAUUCAUCAAGGGUGACACAUCCGGAGACUACAGGAAGGUACUGCUCAUUCUCUGUGGAGGAGAUGAUUAAAAUAAAAUCCCAGAAGGAUAGAAGGAUCCUCAACACUGAAUUUUUUUAAAACUUCAUUUUUUUACACUGCUAUUAGCAUUAUCUCAGAAUGCUUAUUUCCAAUUAAAACACCCACAGUUGCCUCAUAGAGUUAGACUGUAUUAUUAUCAUCUAUAAUUAGUCAUUCUGAUGCCUUAAAGCUGUACUCUCAUUUCAAAGCUUAUAAGACCUAAAUGGAGAUUUUAAAUUAGAAAUUAAAAUGUACUUCUUGUUUUUAACAAAUUAUUUCCCCAUUUGUGUCACAGA